CUCCCUCACUUUCAAACCAUUUGUUCACAUCUGUUUAUUCUCCCAACCAAACCCACUUUGCAACCACACCAAAAAAUGCUUCAUUUUUCUUUCAUCCUUUUACCUCUAACAACACUACUCAUAAUCAUACCCCCUAAACCAUGUAACGCAAAUGCAGAAGUGAGUGUCCUUAUGGACAUCAAGGCAUCUUUGGAUCCAGAAAACAAGCAUUUAACAUCAUGGACCGAAUCUGGUGACCCUUGUAGCAAUUCUUUUAUCGGGGUUGCUUGUAAUGAGUAUCUCAAAGUGGCUAAUAUUUCCUUACAAGGCAAAGGUCUUACUGGAAAACUGCCCCCUUCGAUAUCGGGUUUGAAGUGUUUGUCCGGUUUAUACCUUCAUUAUAAUUUUCUCACCGGUGAGAUCCCGAAAGAGCUUUCGGCUCUCACCGAGUUGUCGGAGUUGUAUUUGAAUGUUAAUAAUCUUACCGGAGAAAUACCGCCUGAGAUCGGUAACAUGACUAGUCUUCAAGUUGUGGAGUUGUGUUGUAACGACUUAAAUGGAAGCAUACCUUCAGAGCUUGGAAACUUAAAGAACCUAAACGUUCUAGCCUUGCAACAUAACCGGUUAACCGGUCAAAUCCCUCGGACCCUUGGAGGGUUAGCCGAGUUAGAGAGGCUCGACCUUAGCUUUAACCAGCUGCUCGGUCCGAUCCCUAUAAACAUAGCCAGAAUAUCCAAGUUGGAGUUUUUUGAUGUCCAGAAUAACACCCUCUCGGGGUUUAUUCCGACAGGUUUGAAGCGGCUCGGUAAUGGGUUCGGUUACAAGAACAACCAUGAUCUAUGUGGUGUGGAGUUUUCGUCGCUAAGACCGUGUACCAACCUCGAUAUGUCGAUGAUCAACCAACUCGAACCAUUUUCGCCGGUAUCAAACACUACCAUACCGCAAAACAUACCCCAAUCGGCUAGCAUUAUGCCGCAUUGUAACGAAACUCAUUGCACCAACUCGUCUAAUUUCAAACGGGUUGGUAUCAUAGCAGCCAUAGUAACGGUCAUAGCCGCUUUAACUGUUACCGCAUUUGUCGCAAUAUUCGUCCACCGAAGGCGAAAACAGAAAAUCUGGAGCAAGUCUGAGACGCCCGAGCAUAGAUUUAGCGUGCCGGAAUCAUCGCGUAAGAGCAGCGACUACUCUUGCGCGUGGGACCCGACACAAAAGUCACCAAAAACUUGCGGUUUUUGCAUCGAACUAGAGCCGAAAUCCGACUCGUUACAGAGUUUCAACAUGGAGGAAAUCGAAUCCGCCACUUGGUACUUUUCAGAUGCGAAUUUACUCGGCAGAAGCAAGUUUUCGGCUGUGUACAAAGGGGUUUUACGCGACACAUCAGUUGUGGCGAUAAAGAGCGUAAGCGUAACGAGUUGUAAAGCCGAUGAAGCCGAGUUUACAAAGGGGUUGAGCUUGUUAACUUCUUUGAAACAUGAGAAUUUAGCUAGGCUUAGAGGGUUUUGUUGCUCAAAAGGCAGAGGUGAAUGCUUUUUGGUGUAUGAUUUUGCAUCAAAAGGGAACUUAUCAGAGUAUCUUGAUGUUGAGGAGGGUAGAAGCAGCCAUGUUCUUGACUGGCCCAAAAGGGUUUCCAUCAUCAAUGGCAUAGCCAAAGGUCUUGCAUAUCUACACAGAGACGAGGCGGAAAAGCCCGCGAUGAUCCACCGAAACAUAUCGAUGGAAAAGAUUCUAAUAGACCAACAAUACAACCCGUUGAUCACAGAUGCGGGCCUGCUGAAGCUACUAGCCGAUGACAUUGUCUACUCGGCGCUCAAAGUCAGUGCGGCUUUAGGCUACAUGGCUCCAGAGUAUAUCACAACAGGCAAAUUCACAGAAAAGAGUGAUGUGUAUGCUUUUGGAGUUGUACUUCUUCAAAUUCUUUCGGGCCAAAGUAAUCUCACCGGGUCGAUACGGGCUGCUGCUGCAGACAGAAAGUUUGAUGACUUUAUAGAUAAACAUCUUGAGGGGAAUUUUUCUGAAUUAGAGGCGGAUAAGUUGACCCGAAUCGGGUUGAUUUGUGUCGAUGAGCUUCCGGAGAACAGGCUAACAAUGGAGGAUGUGAUUAGGGAACUGAGUAAUUCUGUUUAGUUAAUUAAUUUGUAUUUUUGUUUCUGGUUAUACCAUGGUUUUUAGGACCGGAUCGGACGUCGGAUCGGUCCGAACCGGUUUAGAAAACCAUGGGUUAUACCCUUUGCUUUAUUCAGAUUGUAAUUAAAUGAUGUAAUUCUAGUAGCAAGGAAAAUCUACAUGUAAACUCUUAUUUUCUUGAAAAAUGGCAGCAAUAAGAAUUCUAACCA